GAGGCGCAGCGAUGGGCUCCGUGUUGAGCAGCGAUAGCGGCAAAUCCGCGCCUGCCUCGGCCACCCCGCGGGCCCUGGAGCGCAGAGGGGACCCCGAUUUGCCCGUCACCUCCUUCGAUUGCUCGGUGUGCCUCGAGGUGUUGCACCAGCCUGUCCGGACCCGUUGCGGCCACGUAUUCUGCCGUACCUGUAUUGCUACCAGUCUAAAGAACAAUAAGUGGACCUGUCCUUAUUGCCGAGCAUAUCUUCCUUCAGAAGGAGUUCCAGCAACUGAGGUAGCCAAAAGGAUGAAGUCAGAGUACCAGAACUGCACCGAGUGCGAAACCCCGGUUUGCCUCAGCGAAAUGAGGGCACACAUAAGGACUUGUCAGAAAUACAUAGAUAAAUAUGGACCAAUACAAGAACUUGGGGAGACAGCAACAAGGUGUGUGUGUCCAUUUUGUCAGAGAGAAUUGGAUGAAGACAGCUUGCUGGAUCAUUGUAUUACUCAUCACAGAUCGGAAAGGAGACCUGUGUUCUGUCCUCUUUGUCAUUUAAUACCUAACGAGAAUCCAAGCAGCUUCAAUGGCAGUUUGAUAAGACAUUUGCAAGUCAGUCACACUUUGUUUUAUGACGAUUUCAUAGAUUUUAAUAUAAUUGAAGAAGCUCUUAUCCGAAGAGUCUUAGAUCGGUCACUACUUGAAUAUGUGAAUCAUUCAAACACCACAUAGUUUUAUUAAAAAGAAAGGGAAGGGGAUUGGAGUACACCACUUUUUAAUAUGCUGCUUGAACACUUGGAGGGAAAUUGACAAUAUUUGGGCAAAAAUGUACAACACAGUUCUAUUUUGCCCCUGUUUAUUGUUAUACUGGAUUUUAAAACUGCUUUCAUUUUGAUAAUUUAAAACUGUU